AUGGAACACUCACAGGCACAGCUGCCCGAGCACAUGCAUCGGCUGUUCAAUUCCGAAUACGCACGAUGGCAACUCGGGUUCCUGGAGGUUGCCCUAGAGUCUCGUGAGCCCGAAGGACACCCGCUGCUUGUCGGCACGGAGGCAUUCACCAUAAAAGAGUUGAUCGAUGUGUUGCGCUGGUCUCGUCUUGGUAAGAAGGGCCUCUGCACCCUCGUCCGCAGCGGUUGCAACGUGGAGCCGCUCGCCGUCGGAGGCCUGGCCGGCGGCCUCUCCGAGCUACGCCUAGCGCGAGAGCAAAUGUACAGGGCUCAAUUGCACUUUUGGGGCCUGCUUUGA